AUGAAUGACACUGAAGUUUGCAUAUUAAAAGCCCUAGCAAGCAAAAUCGAAGACGAGUGCGAAAAAGAAAUGUUUUGUUGCUUUUCGAUGCGCUCUCUGGCACCAGACAAUUACAAGAAGGAAGGCAAUUUGUUGGUCUCGGAAUUUGACACCAUCCACAACAAAGACUGGACGAAGCUAGAGCAUUGGAGUAAAUGGUGGUUCCGUGUAAAUCACCUGACCAUGUUUACAAGGGCUUUUAAGGAAAUGGACGACAAGGAUUGGGAACAGGGACCAAGCACUACCAAUCCUAUCGAGUCUUUAAACAGGCAGUCACUUCAGGAAGGUGAUAAUAUACUUCAUGCUUUGAUGGAGAACAUUUACCUGGAAAAUCGCCUCUGCGCUGUGAAGACAGCAGUUUGCAAAGAGAACGUGACAACGUCCUACAAAUCAUCACCUGGCAAGCAGAAGGCUAAACGAAAGCGACGACGCACUUAG